UGGGCGGAGCCUGUGGAAGGAAUGCACCUAAUGUAACAGUGAACAGGUACAGACAAGGGUCGCCAUUGAUAUCUGAUCAGAGUCAAACGGAGCUCGGCGCAGGGUGUCGCUGAUGUGGCUGCAGCGCGAUGAGCCUGUCAAAGCGAGUGUCCUUCUGGUCGGUGGAAGAGGUGUUGGAGUGGGUGCAGGAUCAGUACCCGACCCACAUGAGCACGCUCCAGAAAGCCAUCAUUAAACACGCUAUAUCAGGCCGUGCGUUGCUGAGACUAAAGGAUCAUCACCUGGAGCUCCUCGGGGUGGAGGAUGAGGAGCAGCAGCAGGAGAUCUUGCAGGACAUCCUCCUCCUCCGAGUUCAGGAGGAAAUCAAUGAACUCAAUGACCUCUGCUCUGAGUGUUUUUCUUCAUAACGGGAGAUAAAUAUCUUCAGAAGACAUGCGGCUCACUUUUUUAUUUUCCAUCCAUCCAUCCAUCCAUCCAUCCAUGUUAAGGAGGGAGGGAAGUGGGAGUGAUGGAAAUAACAAGAGAAGGUGAAAAGAAAAGAAUCAAUGAAGAAUGAAGAGAGAAAGAAACCCAUUUCCUGCGUGAAACCUGACCUGGGCAGAUGGAUGAGAUUAGUUCUUGUCUGAGUGUCUUUUUCUGAUACCUUCUGUCCAUUAGUCUCUGUCUUUCCUUCUUCCUCUAUAGUGGCUUUGCAUCCCAUCAGUGUAUUAGGACGUAUUUUUAGCCGCGCUGGCUGAGUGGCGUUAGGGAUGGAAGUGUUGGUUUGUCCGUCCGUUCAUCCACUGCGGUGCAUAUCUCAACAGAAACUUCAUUCAUGAUUCCACAGAAUGAAUCGGACCUCUCCUCCAGUGCCCGAUGGGUUGUUCCCUUGGAAGCCCAAAACUGAAACGGUGAGCCAUGGGCCAAAAGCAAACACCUUUUAUAUUAUUAAGUAGUCCCUCCAGGAAGCAAUCGAUCCAAAAAUAAUAUAAUACAGACAGAAAACUAUAUAAAAAGUUCCCUAAAAAGGAAAUAAUCUGCUCUAAAUUCAUCCAAAUCACUGGUUUUACACAAACUUCCUGCAGUUACUGAGUUCACUGUUUGUGUUCAUUGUACAGUUUUAAUAUAAUAUGAAAUAUACAUAAAAUAUGUCACUGAGUCAGUUUACUGUCUGAUAGAAAAGGGUCCCUUAAGGAAAAAGGUUGGGAACUACAGGUUUUACUUCACCAAAUUCAGUGUAGCGCUAAUUAGCAAAUGUUAGCAUGCGAACACCCUAAAAUAAAAUAAUUAAAAUACCUGCUGAAAAUCAGCUUCUUGCAUUGAGCCUAUAGAGUCAAAUACUACUAAUGCUACUACUUCAAUGAAGAAUAACAGUCUUUAUCACAUUACUUACAGCACUUGACUGACAAAUCUCCAAAUAUAUCAGGCCAGUUAAAGUCAAACCAAAUAAAAAGAACUUGAUUAAAUUGUGAUAAUUUACCUAAUAAAAUCUAAACAAGGCCUUAACUCACUUAAACUGAGGAAAUCAGAGACGUUACAGGAAGACACAGAGAGUUGAGAGUAGCCGAGUUUCCAUUUGAACAUUUCUGUCUCUGAUUAGAAAAGUCCAAUCCAAACAGUAAAAAUUCCUCCUGCUAUUUGCUGCUCUCUCUCUCUCUCUCUCUCUCUCUCUCUCUCUCUCUCUCUCUCUCUUACCCGCUGACUGAAAUUGACUUUAAAAUCCAGCUGGUUGCUUUGAACCUUCUGCUUCUGUUAGAAAUGUGUGUCCUUGUAUUGUUGACUGACGAACCUCAACCUUGUUUUUAUGAAGCGAAUACUGAGUCUGUCUGGAUUUGGUGCUGAUCCUGAUGUAACUGCAGCUCAAUGCAAGUGGUCCUCAAAACUUUCACAUGCCUUUUUUAUACAAUGCCCUAUUUCCUUUAUUUAUGACAUUGGCCUCGUUUCAAUGCGUAUUAUAGGCAUCAAUACAGCUGCACAUUUGUAAAAGGUCAAUUCUAUUUCUAAACAUCAUUUCAUAGCCGUGCUUCAGUAUUGUUGGUUGAAUUAAAAGUGCUGCUUUGGCAACACAA